AUGGCUGAGAGCAGACUGCAAGAAAUCGAAAUGGUCGAUAUGGACGCAGGCACCUUAGAUGCGUUGGUAAAUUUCUGCUACUCCGGCGAAAUAAAAAUCACCGACGUCAACGUUCAAAACAUUCUUCCAGCUGCUUGCUUACUGCAGUUGAAUGAGGUUCAGCUACUUGAACAUGUCCGACUUCCACUAUGUCAUCCGAAGUUUCUCGUUAGCACAGUUAGCGAGGAUGCUUUGGUCAAAGCAGAUGCCGCUUGCCGCGAUCUUGUUGACGAGGCCAAGAAUUAUCUGCUUCUACCUCUCGAACGUCCAAAUAUGCAGGGCCCUCGAACUCGUCCUAGGAAACCUAUUAAGUUCGGAGAGGUCCUGUAUGCAGUGGGUGGCUGGUGUAGCGGAGAUGCUAUAGCUUCAGUAGAACGCCUUGAUCCGGGUAAGGCAAUACCAGUAUGGCAAUGUGUUGCACCAAUGAGUAAACGGAGGUGCGGUGUUGGAGUAGCUGUAGUAGACAAUCUUCUAUAUGCAGUUGGAGGACAUGAU